UUACCUCUACCUGAACCAUCGUCCCUUGUAGCAGUGACUCCAUCAACUACGCUGCAAUAUCCACCUCUAGUACCAAAUGAGUAAACACCACAGUUAGUGUUCCUUCUCACUUCCAUUGUUGAACCGAGACUCGUCUUCAAGCUACCUUCUCCAAAUUGUGUAGUCCGGCUGUCAACUGCUUCUCUUCAGACCAACCAGCCAAAACACGCACUGAGUCUGAAUAUAGGUUCAAUUUCUUCUUGCUCCUCUCCUCUUGCAGCACAGCAAGCUUUGGAGCUCUCUGUCUCUCCCCUGCUUCUCUGUCUGCUUUCUCUGCUGCAGCAGUCACGAACAGAAUGAGACCUUCUUCUCUGCUCGUGUGCGCACGCUGCGCCCAAAUCCUGUACCUUCCGAGAGCAGCACUCCGACCACUCCUGGCCGCACGCUCCUCUCCUCCUGCGUGAGGCACCAGGCACUGCUCUUCCUACUCGCACCUGUGCCGCUGCUCCUAGCUGCUAGUGAGACCUCCUCCUCCCUGUUGUACGCGCAGCCCCGCACGCCCGCAGCUUGCCUCUACCACCAGCACGCGCUGCCCUCACCACGCAACCUCUCUGUUGCCAGCGCCGGUAGCCGCCGGAGCCACCGAUUCAAGCAGCGCACGUCCGCCUCCUGCUGCUCGCCGAUUCGCCGCCGCACACCUCCAGGGACCGGCUUCAACAGCUCCCCUUCAGUGCUUCCACUGCCUCAGCACGGCCCAGCGCCACCGGCACAUCCACCGACGGCCGAAUCAUCCCCAAGCUCUGAUGCCAUGUUGGAUUCGCCGGACUAUCGCCUGAGAUUUCCUGCGCUACAGUAAACUCACAAGAGAAAUGGAAGGCUAUGGACUGGCAAUUUUCUGGAAGGCUAUCGAACCCUCUCCAUUCCUUCUCAGAGUUAGAUAAGUACACGAUACAUUUUACAUUUUGGUCCUUGCCAAACUUCUACCUUUGCUUACAAGUACUACCAACAACUGCCAUCAUGAUUUCAUAUGAGCUAGCCAUCAUAACUUUGGUCAAUUAAGAUUUCGCUCCAGUUGUGCAUGUAUAAAUAUGUUAUUUGUUCCUACUGCAAGUUUCUUGCUUUAUUCUUCUCGUUUUGCUACUUCUGGAGUGGCAGACAUGUCAUGUUUGGAUCUACUAAGUGCACUAAGCAACCUCUUCUCAACUGAACAUAAUGGUACAAGAACCAGCUAACUGUGAUUAGAUUAUCAGCAGGUACUUCUUUUUAUUGGACAUUAUUUUCAAUUGUUCCAAGUAAACUUGCAGAUAGGAUGGAGUAUACCAGACUCUUUUGGUUGGUGUUGGAAUUCUAUAAAAGACAGAGUCAUGAAAACCAAGUGAACAAAACAAAAUAGGUUGCAUGACACUUAACAGUAACAUGUAGUGUUGGCUUCACACUUCGAAUUGUACGGUCUAAAUCACCAUUUGCCUCAAGUCCGAGAGGAGGAUCCAGAGUCCAGUUGCAACAACCUCAGAAGCUAGUCCAAACUAGUGGGAGGUUGUGUGCACAAACCAGAAGGUAGACUGAAGAAUAGUAAUGGCUCGUGGUAAGGUUCAGAUGAGAAGGAUAGAAAACCCAGUGCACAGGCAGGUCACCUUCUGCAAGCGGCGAAUGGGCCUUCUGAAGAAGGCAAAGGAGUUGUCCGUUUUAUGUGAUGCUGAUAUCGGUGUCAUGGUGUUUUCUCCUCAUGGAAAGGUUUAUGAGCUAGCUACCAACGGGAACAUGCAAGGCUUAAUUGAGAGGUACAAGGGUAGCAACACAGAAGCACAUGGUGAAAGUAGCGAGCAGAACAAACCCGAGGUAAUACAGCAAGAGGUACUACUCUUAAGGCAAGAAAUUGACUUGCUUCAAAAGGGCUUAAGGUACAUGUAUGGAGAGAAUGAUAUAAACCACAUGAAUCUCAAUGAGCUGCAAGCCCUGGAGAGUAACCUUGAAAUUUGGGUACACAAUAUCCGCUAUACAAAAAUGCAGAUCAUAUCUAGGGAGAUUGAGAUGCUCAAGACCAAGGAAGGUAUACUGAAGGCUGCAAACGACAUACUUCAAGAAAGGAUAAUUGAGCAGAGCGGGAUUCUGGACACCGGCAGCAACAUGAUGAUGCCACAAUUUCCCUUCCAGCGAACCAUGGAGGGUGGAUACUACUUCUAGCCUAAACAACCAACCUAUCAAGCUAUCUCGCCAGUUCGGGUUUGAGUUCAACAAGGCUACCCUUUAUGGAACUCACAUAACCUUAUGUGUGCCACUUCAUGUUGUAAAAAGGAGAAAGAAGAUCAGCAUCUGUCGAUGUACAUGCUUUUUCAUAUGUAGAUUCGUCCUCUUUCAGAUUGGACUGUUCGCAGAUUGCAUGAUGUUACUGCAGUUUCCCCUCCAGCUAACCAUGGAGAGGAGUACUCGUGUAGCCUGAAUGACCGACCUAUCCAAGUUAUCUCCUAGUUCUGAUUUGAGUUCGACAAGGCGACCUUGCAAGGACGUCUCAUAGCCUUGUGUGAUGUGUCUGCCACUUCAUGAUGUAAAAAAGUACAAACAAAACCUGCAUCUGUAUAUGUAUCUGUAUCUGUACAAGCUUUUGCAUAUGUAAAUUCACUGUCUUUCAGAUUGUUCA